AUGGCCCCUCUGGUUCACACCCUGGCACUGCUGGCAAUGGCCAUGGCCACCACAGCCCUCAAGGUGGUGACCCUGGACAUGGCCCAGGACUCCUUCGAUGACCAGUACCAUGGCUGUAGCCCUAACAUGACUGCAGCUUUACCAGCCCUCAAACGCUCCGAGUUCCAGCAGAACCCUCCCUUUGCCCAGGCCUGGCAUAAGGCCACAGCCAAGUGGCAGAGUCGGGGGUCCCCUGUGUCCCCGCUGUCAUCCCCAGCUCAGGCCAUCGCCCUCAUGGCCUACACGAUGGAUGACGUGUACAAGAAGUUCAACCCAGCCGUGCGCGCAGCCGGGCGCUCCGGCCAGGAAUACCGGGACAACUUCCACUUCAAAACGCUGCAUUUCCUGCUGACCCAGGCACUGGUGACACUGAGGGACACUCAGGGACCACAGUGUCACAACGUUUACCGGGGAAUGGACGGGGUCCGGUUCAAGGCAGAGCGCGGUGACAUCGUCCAGUUUGGUCAAUUCACGUCGGCUUCACUGAGCGAAGCAACUGCCGAGGAGUUUGGGAGACACACGGUGUUCCAUGUGCAGACCUGCCACGGCGCAGAAAUCGGGAAAUUCUCCAACUAUCCUGAUGAGAAGGAGGUGCUGAUCCCACCCUUUGAGACAUUUGAGGUGGUCGAAGUCAGCCAGGAAGGAGACCAGGCGAGGAUCCAGCUCCGCUCCACUGGGACCUUCAGCAAAUACAACUGCGAGUGGCUGCAAGGUGGGAGCAUCCCCAGGGCUUCCUUCCAACUCAGAGGACUCCUCCUGGCCACCACAGCCCUGGCAGUGGCCACCAGGAUCCUCUGA